AUGCUGACAAGAUUUUUAUUGCUGGUAAUAUUUUCUAUCUAUCUAUCUAUCUAUCUAUCUAUCUAUCUAUCUAUCUAUCUAUCUAAUGAACAUUCUUUCACCCUCUCUUUUCUCUCAUCUCGCUCGCUACACAUAGUCCUACCUUUCCCUCUCACAUUCCCAGUUCCUUUCUUUCUCUUUUUCUUCCGCAGCUUUACGGACAAUUUCAUUUUUAUUUCUAUUGCUCGUAAUACUUUCUAUCUAUCUAUCUAUCUAUCUAUCUAUCUAUCUAUCUAUCUAUCUAUCUCAAUAUAUAUUGCUAGCUAUCUCAAUAUAUAUUGGUUUGGUUUGGUUUGUUUUACGGUAUAUCAACACCUCAAUGGGUUAUUUAAUGCUGACAAAAUUUUUAUUGCUGGUAAUAUUUUCUAUCUAUCUAUCUAUCUAUCUAUCUAUCUAUCUAUCUAUCUAUCUCCCAUAGUUAAGUCCAAUUUCGUGCAGCUUUCUUUGUACAGUUCGAACACUGACGUCAAGUUCACACUUCUUUACUUUCUUCGCUGUCACCUUUUCUCCAGAUGA